AUGUUGGAUAAACUGUGGUCAUUCCUCCUGUGUGUGUAUGGUUUGGUGCAUCAGGCGCUCGUUCCUUGUCCCGCUCCUGACCUGUUGCCUGCCAACAGUCUCAACACUCAACAGUAUCUGGGGAAAUGGUACUUUAUAGCAGCAGUUGGUUUUAGAGACGCUGACAUCCACAUGUUCAGAGGGAUGGACAGCUCUGUGUUUAGCGUGGAGGAGACCUCAGUCAAAGACACACUGCAGAUGACCGCUGACAUGCGUGUAGGAGAUUUGUGCUUAAAACAGACAUGGACCUAUUACGUACGUCCAGAGAGAGAUGACUUGGAAGUGGAAGGAAGGCCGACGAGGCGGACGCUGAUCUGGAGCGGCAAGUGGGUCGGCUGCCCACAAUGCAUCAUUCUCCAGGAAAUAGAGCCCCCACGCAGUGAGACAGAGGCAGUGGACUCCCUCAGCAGACACUUGCUCUAUGCUCGUCAGAGUGAUGUGGACCCCACGGUGGUGGCAGCAUUUCAGGAAAAUUCAGCUUGUAAUAAUUUGACAGCAUUUGUCAAACUACCUCAAACAAAAGAGUUAUGCCAUUAG